AUGGCCUCAGACACUGCUGAAAUCCUUAAACAAAACUUCUUGGAAUUUUUCAAAGAUAUUGAGCUUUUCAACCUAUCACCACCCAUCACUUCCCUAUUGACUGAAAUAAACAAAGAAUUCGUAGAGAACACGGGAUUCUGGUCACCUCCACCUGUUGAAUCCCUCUGUCAUUUCUACCAACUGGAUCAUGCAAUUGGCGAGUGUCGAAUAAACAAGAAAACCUUCUCCAUAUUCUCGCGUUUUGAUCCAGUAGAACGUACCAACGACGUGUUGAAAGAUAUCAAGAAAAACCUCCAAGUCGUGAGGGAGUCCAAAAAUAAUAUCAAUGAAUACUCAACCUCCCCCUUGUUCUCUUCAUGCAGGUACCCCACAAGAAAUGAUGCACCAGACCUUUCAGUAUUCGACGGAGAAAUCGAAAAGAUCGUGAAACGGCUUGAAUCCAAUGAUGGGUUCAAGGCCAUUGGUGUUCAUGGAAUGUGCGGCACGGGAAAGACCACUCUUGCCAAAAUGGUUCUGAGUGAUCCACGAGUGAGAGAGAAGUACAAGAAGCCCAUAUGGGUGUGUUUGUACGACAUGCAAUCGGAAGAAGAAAUGGAUAUCAGGAUCGUUAAGGAGAUGUUGGCACUUUUGGAUGAUGACCCUGAUCUAUUGGCGGAGGAACCUGAAGAUAAGUGGCUGCUGAAGAAUCUUCACGAUAAACUCUUGCAUCAGGAGAAGUACUUGAUUGUGUUGGAUAGUGUGUGGCAUUGCAAUGAUUGGUUUAAUGAUUUGUUCUGUGUUGAUCAGAAUGAUGGUGAUGCGAGCAAAGAACUGUUUUCCCAAGCCUUGCCCAAGGACACUGGUGGUGCUGUUAUUGUCACCAGCAGACAAAAGGCAGUGACCACUACAUUGGUGCAUGAAGAGAAUUUGAUUCAUGUUAAGCCUUGGGAUGAUGAAAAAUUGAAGAAGCUUGUGAAGCAGUGUUUGAAAAGACAAGAGAAGAGUUAUGUGGAGAUAACUGAGGAAAACAUAAACUGUGUUGCUUAUCAUUGUCAUGGUAUUCCUUUUGUUGCUGCAACCCUCUCGGGUUGGAUAGCUGAGCAAAUCAUCAAAAAGUCAGAUUCUAAUUGA